UUUAUUUAUUUUUCUUACAAUUAAAACCCUAGGACAACAAAACUAUUGUAGAACGCACAGCUCGCACUGACCUCAGCUUAGCCGUAGAAAAAGCAAAAUCUCGCCGGAGGGAGUCGAUCGUCAGAAACAGCGAGAAAGUCUUCCAGGUUUUCAUCCAUGGCGGAGGAAAAUUCUCAUUCAGAUAUAUUGUCAGAAGAAAAUGGAGCUAAAGAGGUUCCAAGUCUUGUAGAAGGAGUUGCUGAGAUUUCUUUGUCACCACAGAAAGAAGAAGAUGAUGGUAAAGAAGUUACAAAGAAGAAAAAGAAGAAAUCUAAAAGCAAGAAAAAGAAAGGACCCAUUGAGCAGACAGAUCCACCAUCAAUUCCUGUUCUUGAUCUUUUCCCUUCUGGAGAUUUCCCAGAAGGUGAAAUUCAGCAGUAUAAAGACGAUAACUUAUGGAGAACAACAUCAGAGGAGAAGAGAGAGCUGGAGCGCCUUGAGAAACCAAUUUAUAAUUCAGUCCGUCGAGCAGCUGAAGUCCAUCGUCAGGUUCGGAAGUAUAUGAAAAGCAUUAUAAAGCCUGGAAUGUUGAUGACCGAUAUGUGUGAAACUUUAGAGAACACCGUUCGUAAGCUAAUAUCUGAGGAUGGCCUGCAAGCAGGCAUUGCUUUCCCCACAGGGUGCUCUUUGAAUUGGGUUGCUGCUCACUGGACUCCUAAUUCGGGAGAUAAGACUGUUCUUCAGUAUGAUGAUGUGAUGAAGUUGGAUUUUGGCACCCAUGUAGAUGGACAUAUUGUUGAUUGUGCUUUUACUGUGGCGUUCAACCCGAUGUUUGAUCCACUGCUUGAAGCCUCUAGGGAAGCAACAUAUACGGGUAUUAAGGAAGCUGGAAUCGAUGUGCGCCUUUGUGACAUUGGUGCUGCAAUUCAAGAGGUCAUGGAGUCAUAUGAGGUUGAGAUUAAUGGGAAGAUGUAUCAAGUUAAAAGUAUACGGAAUUUGAAUGGACAUAGCAUUGGCAGCUAUCAAAUUCAUGCUGGUAAAUCCGUUCCCAUUGUGAAAGGUGGAGAGCAGACAAAGAUGGAAGAGGGAGAAUUUUAUGCUAUUGAAACCUUUGGGUCAACUGGGAAAGGAUACGUACGAGAAGACCUGGAAUGCAGCCACUACAUGAAAAACUUUGAUGUUGGUCAUAUGCCGCUGAGAUUGCCUAGAGCUAAGCAACUUUUAGCAACUAUUAACAAGAACUUCUCCACUUUGGCCUUCUGUAGACGAUAUUUAGAUCGCAUAGGAGAGACUAAAUACUUAAUGGCAUUGAAGAACUUGUGUGACGCAGGCAUUGUUCAGCCUUAUCCUCCUCUAUGUGACGUGAAAGGAAGCUAUGUAUCACAGUUUGAACAUACAAUCCUACUCCGACCAACAUGCAAAGAAGUUAUAUCAAAGGGUGAUGAUUAUUAAUGCGAACUUUAAGUGGUAUUUUGUUUAGACACAUGUUGUACCUUUUUCUUAUAAACUGUUGUUCACCAAAUUAUUCAACACUUAUGUUUUGUAACUCACAGGUGUCUGUCUUAUAGAGUUUUACAGUACUUAUUUUUGUCAAUUGUGAUAUUACUAGUUUAAGACGUUCACCAACAAAACUAUGUUAUUAACGCUA